AUGUCUCAGGAACCUCCCACCAUGCAGCAGCCUCGCCCGCUUACAACAUGGAACCAGGCUGCACUGCGCGGCUAUGUAAGACAGGUGCAUUGCUUCGAGACAGAUGGCGGCCCCGCGGUGUUGGACGCGCUAGGCAACAAGCUCGAAGCUGCUCUCGAGGAUGUCUGCCUGCGUAUGCCUCACAUGGCUGGAAAGUUGUCUCUGUCCAAGGAAAAGCCUGGUAUAAUUCUCCUGCACACGAGCGAGGACGACCGUGUCACUUGCAGGACGUGCGAUGUACGCGGCCACGAAAACCUAGCCUAUUCGAAGCUCAAGGAGCAGGGCUUCCCUGCAGGUGCCUUUAUCGGUCCUGUCUUCGAUACUAACGCGACUUUGUCCGAAGAUGGUCCCCCAAUCCCCGUCACCCAGUUUCUACUCAACCUGGUAGAUGGCGGGAUCCUCAUGUCCAUCUUUGUCCACCAUUCCGUCACGGAUGGCGUGGGCGUCAAUCAAUUCCUCACUGCCGUAGCAGCAGCGAUGAAAGACUCGGCCAAGUUUAGGCGAGAGCCGCUGUGCUAUCCUAGCAAGAUUGACAUCCCGGUUCCGUCAGGCCCAGAGGACAACGGCCACGAUGCUGAACUGGCCAAGGCUCUGAUCAAGCAGUGCCCGGAUCUCACGCUGGCGGAGACGGCCACUGCCCAUAGCAGCUACCUGAGCAGCGUGUACCGUGUGUCUCAAGUCAAAUUUGGUGGUAUCUUCGUAUUCGGCCCAGAUAAGAUGCGGCUGCUCAAAGAGGCGGUCGUUUCCGCUGGCUACCCCCGCAUGCCAUCCACAUUCGCCUGCUUGGCCGCGCUCUCCUGGGCCUUCAUGACUACCACGCGCCUGAAAACGGUCGGCAUCGCGGAUGAGUCAAGAGAAGCCGAUGUCAGGUGCCGUUUGUACGUGCCGACUUGGUGGGGAACCCGACUAUUCAAGGAGCAGCUGAGCGGCUACGCAGGAAACGAAGUCGUCUUCAUCGAAGCCAGCAGUGGUGCCGAGGACCUCUUCACCAUUUCUGAGGCCACCCCGGCCAACUUUUCCCACGCCAAAGGCGCCCUGAUGCGGGUCGUGCAGAGCAUUGAAACGACGCUGGGCAGUGUCGACGAAGCGUACGUCAAGACGCGCGCGACUCUCUUCAACAACGUCCGCGACCCACGCCAGGUGCAGUACAGCUUCAUGCCGGCCGACCCGCGACAGCUGUUCUUCAACUCGUGGCGGCGCCUGGGCGCGGACAUUGAGUGGACGAUACCGACCGCCACCGGCUCCAAGCUGACGGUGGCGGACGCGGUGCGCAAGAGCCAGAGCGCGUGGAACGAGAGCGCCGGCUUGAUCAUGCCGGGAAGACAGGACCAGCAUGAUUACGAGACCGUUCUCAGCUCCGACGUCGAAUCCAUGGCCGCAUUGCGAGACAAUGCCGCCUGGAAGAGCUGGGUGGAUAGAGAAAUCUUCUGA